AUGGUGAAACGGCUGAGUAAAGACUGCUGUUCUGCCGUCCUGGCGAUCUCUGGGGCAGUUCUCAUGAUGUUCUGCCUCGGGCAUUUCUACACUCUUGGGAACAUGUCUCCGUACAUCAUGUCUUACCUUUGGACGCGGUUAGGCGACAAGGCGGCGAGCAACAGUCUCGCCGUCUGGCUGUCCGCGGGAUCACUCGCCUGUCAGGGCAUCGCACUGCCAGUGGCUGGCAUUCUCGUCAACAAAAUAGGUGUCCGGCCAAUCCUGAUCUUCAGUCUUCUGACUCAUAGGUAA